AUGCCAAAAAACCGCCCUGCCACGUCAGGCUACGCCCGUCUCGCCCAAGCCGAGGAAGAACGCGGUUACAUCCAUGAUGACUCGGAAGAUGACGAACUGGCUGCGGUCUCCUCCACAGUGUCAACCUCUAACCCCCGUUAUGCUCCUAUUUCCUCCCGAGCCCAGAUGCAGGCGUCCGGUCUCGCCACGCCUCCAAGUCAUCGACGCAGACACAGUGCAUAUUCCCGCCGCAGUCGCCGAAACUCUGGAGUGGAUAUCAAGGCUAUAAAUGCGCGUCUGGAGCGAUGGGCGGAUGAGAUUGCCGCCAAGUUCAAAAUCAACCGAGUCAAGGGCAAGACCUACGAGGAAGAGAAGCUCGAGAUCUAUCACUCCGUCUUCCAGGCCCCCGAAGGUGUGCGCCCAGUGUCGGCCGAAACUCUGGAGUCGGAUGAGUUUGAGGGCCUGCAACGGAGGCAACGGGCGGAGUAUGAGGAGAUCAUUGAGAGUGUGCGUCUGGCAAUUGAGCUUGGUGUGCAUCCAAGGAUGAUCGCGCAGGGAAGCUCAGGCAGUUACUUUGCUCGAAACCCUGAAGGAAAGGUCGUCGGCGUGUUCAAACCCAAGGAUGAAGAGCCCUAUGCCUCACGAAAUCCUAAAUGGACCAAGUGGAUUCACCGGAAUCUGUUUCCCUGUUUCUUCGGCCGGGCGUGUCUUAUUCCCAACCUCUCCUACGUCUCCGAAGCUGCCGCAUACGUCCUCGACGCCCGCUUACGCACCAACCUCGUCCCUUAUACUGAUAUCGCGUAUUUAUCUUCGAAAUCAUUCUUUUACGAUUUCUGGGACCGGCGCAAGGCUUGGAAAGGAAAGAAGAUCUUGCCUCCCAAGGCUGGUAGUUUCCAGGUCUUCCUUAAAGGAUACAAAGAUGCCAACAUCUUCCUCCGUGAACAUCCUUGGCCCGACCAGAUCAAUUCAGGCUUCCGGGCAGAAGAUGCCCCGAAGCGCAAGAAGCGGCCGUGGAACGAGUCGUGUCGCCCGUCUGGCGUGCAGUCCGAUGACGAAGAUGACGACGAGACUGGACAGAUACCCACGCCAAAUCCACGUGACGAAAGCGCUGAGCGUCGUUUCAAUUGGACAGAAAACCUCAAACAAUCAUUCCGUGAAGAGCUGGAGAAACUGGUGAUUCUGGACUACAUAAUGCGCAACACGGAUCGUGGACUGGAUAAUUGGAUGAUUAAGAUUGAUUGGGGCACUGAGCAGGUGUCUAUUGUGGCCGACCCCCCCAAGUCUACUGAGCCACAACCCAAACACGACGAAGAUGACCUUUUGCCUCCUCCGCGCCCAGUCUCUGUCAAUUCGAACGGUUCCAAUCCCUAUCGCCGGCGCGAGCAAAUGAUGGCAGUUAGCCGCACAGGAACACCUUUAGCCUCAUCAGAACAGCAGGCGUCAGUUCAGGUUGGUGCCAUUGAUAACAGUCUAUCAUGGCCAUGGAAACACCCAGAUGCAUGGCGGAGUUUCCCCUUCGGAUGGCUUUUCCUACCCGUGUCCCUGAUUGGACAGCCAUUCUCACAAAAGACUCGCGACCACUUCCUUCCCUUGCUUACAUCGACUGCAUGGUGGAGUGGAACGCAGAUGGCUCUGCGCCGAGUCUUUUCCCAAGACGACGAUUUCAAAGAAAGUAUGUUUGCUCGGCAAAUCGCCGUUAUGAAGGGCCAGGCCUGGAAUGUGGUUGAGACGUUGAAGCAUUCGGACCACGGCCCGCUCGAAUUGACCCGCAGGACCCGAGUCUGCGUGUGGGACGAUCUCGUAGAUGUACCCGUUGCCAUUCCAAUGCGAGUACCCUCUACCGACAUGCAAAGACGCCAAGCCAUGAAUUAUGACAACGAAGAAGAAGAAGAGAUGGAUAUUGGAGCGGCCAAAUCCUCUCAACCCAACCCCGAACACGAUCUCCUAGGGUUAGGGCCGUCUUCAACCGACCUUCCAAACCCCAACCGGUUCGAGCUCUCCCGUGGGCCAUUUGGCGGACGAGCUACUGACUCCAUCGGUAGUCCCGCUACAUUGAACGAAGGCGAUUUUGCACGCACAACUACUGAUGGCGCCUAUGCCAGGUCACUAGAUGGAUGGCCUGACGUCUCGACUCGACCCAACAAACACCGCAAGCAUGGUGGCUCUCUAUCCUUCCGCGUCCCUCACAUCAAUUCCUUCGGCAGCGAUGACCUUGAAGGAGACCUUGGAUACGCAGCCGCCGAGGGCAUGGAGGGAAAUCAGCGUAAGGUCAUUGUGGAGCGUUUGGAAGCCGUCAAGAGCAAGAACCCUGUCUUUACCUGGUGCUAG